CAAAAUCAUAUCAUUGGCUGACAAUAACAACUGAUGAAACAUGCAGAUAUCGAGCUUUUUGGUCGUUACAUUAUCUCUAUUUAUCUUUCUAGUUCUGCUCUGUUGGGUCCAGUUGGUCUUUUUUGGCCAUGAACAAAGCCACUCAGGCCGUGGUGACAGACUGCUGUGGCCUACUGACAGGCCACAGUCUCUGAGCUCACAUGCUUUUUGUGGCUCUGUCUCUCAGAGCGGUGCCUCCCAAAAAAGAAGCUGCAUCAUGGGGCCCACACUUUGGUACGUUCCCCCUCUGAUCCCUCUCUUAAGGCCCAAACAGCAGCUGGCAAGAUUAGAGAGGAGAGGACACCGAGACACACACAACACACUCGCAGCGACGCGGGGACGCAGGACAGAUCCGGUUCAGACCGGAGUGGGUACACCUUUAACCCGGCGAGGAUCACCUCAACUGGUCCCCUUAUGUCCGUGGAUCUCCAGCAACCUCACUGUGGACUUUGUCUUUUGCUGGAACCUCUAUCCCCACACACCUACUUCAUUUUGGGGACCAGACUGAAUCACUCAAGAACUGGUCUUUCUCUGGUAGUUUAAACUGACCGGUCUGUGCUAAUCACACUUUGGCCAUGAGCUGUUUCGGGUACCGCCGAGAGUUGAGUAAGUACGAAGAUGUCGACGAGGACGAGCUUUUGGCUUCCCUCAGCCCGGAGGAGCUGGCUGAGUUGGAAAAGGAGUUGGCGGACAUCGACCCCGACGCCAACGUUCCCAUUGGACUCAGACAGAGAGACCAGACGGAAAAGACCCCGACGGGCACCUUCAGCAGGGAGGCCCUCAUGCAGUACUGGGAAAGCGAGACGCGUAAACUGCUGGAGGAAGAGAUUGCCGGAGGAAGCCCCAAACCGGACGAAGAACGAGAGGAGGAGUGUGUGACGGAAGAAAACAGCGGAGCAGAGGAUGAAAAAGACGUUGAAAAUGAGAAAGGACAGAAAAAGCACGAAACGCAAGAGGAGAAGGAAGAAGAAGAAGAGGAGGAAGAGGAGGAUGAAGAAGAAGAAGAAGAAGAGGAGAGUGAGGAAGAGGUAACAGAGGAAGAGGAAGAAGAGGAGGAGGAAGAGGAGGAGGAACAAGAUAAUAAAUUAAAACCUGAACCCUCAAAGGAUUCUGGGGCCCGGGCCGUCACCCCAGUGCUACUGAAGCCGGCGAGGGUGGAGCCUAUGAGGCUGACACCUCCCCCUCCACCUGUUGACCCAAACGCGACCGGAAACCCAAUCGUCGUCGACGACGCUCUCCAGAGAGCUCUUAGCAACGACCCCGAGCUCACGGAGGUUAAUCUCAACAACCUUGACGAUAUCUCGCAGGAAACCCUCAUCCGAUUUGCAGAAGCACUGAGGUCCAACACAUACGUGAAGGUCUUCAGCCUCGCGAACACCCGAGCCGAUGACCAAGUGGCUCUGGCCAUUGCUAAGAUGCUGAGGGACAACUCGUCCAUCACCAGCCUGAAUAUAGAGUCCAACUACGUGACUGGAAAGGGCGUGAUGGCGAUGGUUCAAGCACUUCCUGUAAACAACACCCUGACUGAGCUUCGGUUCCACAAUCAGAGACACAUGUGUGGAGGACAGGUAGAGAUGGAGAUGGUGAAGAUUCUGAGGGAAAACUACACCUUGAUCAAACUGGGCUACCAGUUCAACCUGCCUGGGCCCAGGAUGAGCAUGACGGGGAUCCUCACUAGGAACCAGGACCGCCAGAGACAGAAACGGAUGCAGGAGCAGAGACUGCAGCAGCAGCAGCAGGGCCAAGAUGGAGCUCUGAACCCCAGAACCACCGCACUUAAAGGAACACCUCGUUCAUCACCUUACAGCUCACCCAGAGCAUCUCCUUGGUCCUCACCCAAACUCCCCCGGAGUGACCUGGCUAAAAAACAGACUCCUCCUGCUCCACCUCCUCCUCCCCCUCCCCCACCUCCUCCUCCCCCACCGCCUCCUCCACCGCCUCCCCCGCAGCGUGAGAAGAAGAAGCCCACCAGGAUGAUCGCCGAGGUCAUCAAGGCGCACGAGGCGGGCAGCAAGAAGGUGAGGAAGACGAAAGGUACGAAAGGUAAGAAGGGCAAGAAGGGGAAGGAGUCGGGGAAAGACGAGACAACUAGCAUCCUGAAGGAGCUCAAGAACGCGCUGAGGCCCAUGUCGAUGGAGAGGAGAGGGGAGGAGGGCAGCAGGCCGUCCACGCCGGUGAGGUCAGCCCACGACCAGCUGAUGGAGUCCAUUCGCAACGGCACCUCCCGCGGCCUCAGAAAGGUGGAAGUCCCACAUUAUUUACGAUAAUACAAGCAGACGUACCAGAGGUCUGUCCGUUGCCAUGGAAAUUGGUGAUGACGAUGGAGUGAUGAAAGCACAAGAUGAAAACAUGUUGGGAUUGCUGAUGAGGCAAAAACUGAAUUCUUACUCACGAAAAAACUAAAUAUACUGGAAAUUUGCACUGCAAUAAUAGCUUUACAAGUUGUUUUUUUAAAAGUAUUUAAGCAUCAUUGGAAAUGGUAUUAAAUGGUAUUUGUAUUUUGAACUGAGUUGACUGAACUGUUUACUGAUACGUUUUCUAAUUCACUGUUUUCUUGUAAAAUUGUAAAUAUGAUUGUUGGUUGUUGUUGGUUGAAUUAUGCGUUCAUUUAUAAAUAUAGCCUUUUGGUGUUUACAUUA